CUCCUGCCUUGCUCCUCUCUGAGCAGGAUUGACCAGGGACAGUGUGGCAACCAUUUCUGGGACAGCUCUUAGAGCAUGGUGUGGACAUGUCAAAGCAGGCAGAGCUUAUGGAGCUGCUGAAGAAGGAGGUGAGGUCGCUGCUAAUGGCUGCCAAAGAGGGCUUAACCCCUGCACAGCUGGAGGAGGAGUACAUGGCCAUGAUCGGCAAACCUCUCCCUCUGCAUGACCUGGGCUUCCGAUCCACGUUGGAACUGGUGGCAGAUAUGCCUGAAGUUGUCAGAGUCUGUCCUUAUGAGAAAGGCACUUUUAUCCUAAAAGCAGCACCUGCAGUUGAGAUGCCUCCUUUGGAACCCAGCUGUGAGACAGAGAGCUUCCACCUGACAGCAGAAGAGAAGUCAGAGCCAGUGGAAACACAAGCAGUAGAUUUGGGUGAUGGCCUCAAACAACCUCAAGAUUUGGAGCAGUCCCUACUGGACAAGUUGAUAAUGACUCCAGAAAUCCCCCCAGAUGCUGUUCAGGACAGAAGCCUUUGCAGCUUACCACCACUGGAGAGAAGGUGCUUGGUGGGAGUCUUUGUGGAAUUCAUCAUUUCUCCUAGCCAGUUCUACAUCCACAUCUGCAGCAGGGAAGCAUCUGAUAAACUGCAGGAUAUGAUGAUUGAGAUGAGACACUGCUACUCAAAUAAACUUGUUUCUGAUCGUUAUAUCAUGCCUGACUCUUCAGUACGGCCUGGACAGCUUUGCUGUGUAACAGUCUCGAAAUGGUGGUACCGUGUUAUCAUCCACCGUGUGAUCAAUGACCAAGAAGUAGAGGUGUUCUACCCAGAUUAUGGAAACCUCGAAAUUGUCCGAAAGUCUUGGCUGAGAUUCCUCAAGUGGUGCUACUUGAAGCUCCCUGCUCAGGCCAUCCCGUGUUCCUUGGCAUGGGUAAAACCUUUGAAGGGUACGUGGUCCGGUGCAGCAACUCUCCUAUUCAAGAAGCUGUGUGGCUCCAAGCUACUUGUGGGCAUUGUGGAUGAAUAUGUGAAUGGCAUUUUGCAUCUCUUCCUGUGUGACACGUCCACCAAGGAAGAUGUCUAUUUCCACUGCAUCUUGAGGGAUGGUGGAUGUGCUGACGUCUGCGGAGAGAACGUUCCUUCCCAGGGAUUCAUGGAAUUGAAUCCUUCAGCCUUGUAUGUUCAGCCCAGUGGAAAGCAGGAUAAUGCUGAACUGGUGAAGCCAGACCUUUGCUUGCAGCAGAAAUCUCUAGAUGCAGGUAGUGAAACAGCAACCUCAAAGCUGGACGGGGAUGAACUGUGUGACCAGCAACAGCACCUGUCUGCUAAGAAGGAGACAGGGGAUGAUGUGCGGCCACUUUUGGAUGAAAUUAGUGUCCCAAGAACAACAGACGAAGACCCUGAACUUGCACAGGAGGAUACAAAUGAAAUGCCUACAGAGCUUAUGGCAGUGGUUAAGACACCUCAUUCUCUUGGAGAGUCCUCAAUGCCUGCUGUCUUAUUCAAGUCAGUGGAAGACUGUUACACCUCCUUUAUGUACUCCAAGCAACCAGCAGAAAUGAGCCAAGAUGACCCUGAUCAGAUAGAAAGGUUUUCCAACAAGGCCCAACUUCGUGAAGCUGUACAUCCCUCUGUUCUACUUAUGGCAAUACCGUUUAUGCUGGACAACCGUAACAAUGAAGAGAAAAUGAAGAACAAAGACCUUCCCGGGAGUCUUGCAGUUGGCCUGUGCAGUGCCAGUGGGCUGUGUGACCAAGGGCCAUCUCAGAAACUGUAUGUCCCUCCUACCACGCUAUGUGCGGUGUUGGCAGCUGCACGCUUAGCCACUUCCAGUGACUACUUCCAGUGGCUCCCCAGCCUGAGAAAGAAGCUGUGAGAAGAAGGGAGAAGCUGGAGCAGCUGCUGAGGAAGGCUGCCUAGAGCAGCAAAGGCCUUCUGUGUGACUGCACUGUCAUUUUCUUUGUUCAGAAAUGUUUAAUCCCUUGAAAAACUCUUGAGUCUGACAUCUUCUCAGAUGUGCCCAGUGCAUGUGAUAAAUGUUACUUCUACUUCCAGGAAAAUAGUUUGGUUUUGUUGUACUGAUGGUGUACUGAUUUAUUGCUCUUUAAUGUAAUGGUUCAGGAGAACA